CCUGCAUACCUCACUCUUCUGGCGAUCAAAGUUCCCUAUUGCCCCUCGUCAUCAUGCCGAGCACUCACAAUGUUGACAAGCCGUGGGAUACAGGCGAUAUCGAUAAGUGGAAGAUCGAACCUUUCAAGCCAGAAGACAAUCUUGGAGGCACCUUUGCGGAAGAGUCUUCUUUCGCUCUAACGUUUCCGAAAUACCGCGAAUUGUACCUCAAGGAAGCAUGGCCAUUCAUUACCCGCUCGCUCGAGAAAAUUGGUAUUGGUUGCUCACUUGAUUUGAUCGAGGGGAUGAUGAAGGUGUCGACAACAAGAAAGACAUACGAUCCCGCUGCCAUACUCAAGGCCCGAGACCUUGUCAAACUAUUAGCACGAAGCGUGCCCGCCCCUCAAGCGAUCAAGAUAUUGGAAGAUGGAAUGGCGGCGGAUGUCAUCAAGAUUCGAAGUCUGGUGCGCAAUAAAGAACGCUUCGUCAAGCGGCGGCAGCGGAUAUUGGGCCCGAACGGAAGCACAUUGAAAGCUCUCGAACUUCUCACGCAGACCUAUAUCCUUGUCCAAGGCAAUACCGUCGCAGCAAUGGGCCCAUAUAAGGGAUUGAAAGAAGUCCGGCGCGUAGUCGCCGACUGUAUGGCCAACAUUCAUCCGAUCUACCAUAUAAAAGAACUCAUGAUCAAACAAGAGCUAGCCAAGGAUCCUUCGCUAGCCAACGAGAGCUGGGAUCGGUUCCUCCCCAAGUUCAAGAAGCGAAAUCUUCCAAACCGACGGACGCCCUUCAAAGUUACGGACAAGAACAAGAAGCCAUACACGCCAUUCCCGCCACCGCAAGAGAAGAGCAAGGUGGAUCUGCAAAUGGAGAGUGGCGAAUUCUUCCUUAGCAAGCAUGCGAAGGAGGCGGAAAAGAGGCACGCAAAGGAGGCGGAGAAGAAAGAGAAGAAGGCAAAAAAGGAGAUGGAAAGGGCUGCCGAUUUCGUACCGCCGAAAGAACGCGUUGCACCGAGAUGAAGAUAAAAUGUAUCCACAAGACUGUGCACCACGAAGAGUUCUUCACGAGGGGUUGCCGAUACGCGUCGACGUUGAUUCGAAGACGAGUCGUCCCGGCCAUCGUACCCGCUGUACUACCCAGUACUCCAAUGAGGGGGCAAAUUGGUAUAUUUCGGUGUCUAUCGACAAAGAAAAAGUAUCGGGCCCUUUGGCUGAGCAGGAAAGGAGCUGAUCAAUCAGUGAAUGUAAGGAGGAGUAUGAACAUUAACUGCCGGUUGCUCUGCUGGGUGGGGAGAGAUACGGGAAUAGAACCUGGCUGGAUUACUUCCUGUCCAAGAGAUUAUUUGAUCUGAUCAACAAGCGUCUAAAUGUAUGUAUGAACUAUGAGCAUUUUACUUCCAUCCGAAGACGUCCAACAAUAUCAAAUGUUUGAACC